AUGCCGAGCGCAGUAAACGGGCACGCUGACUCGGAGGUCGUCCUGACGGGGCUGUCGGGCCGCCUGCCCGAGUCGGAAAACAUCGACGAGUUCGCGCGGAACUUGUUCGAGGGAGUAGACAUGGUUACUGACGACGACCGACGCUGGACACCGGGAAUGAAUGGAUUACCGUUACGGAUGGGCAAGUUAAAAAACCUAACCCACUUCGACGCAGCUUACUUCAAUCUAUUUGAAAAACAAGCAGAUGUAAUGGACCCGGGGAUGCGACUGCUAUUAGAAGUCACUCAUGAGACCAUGGUCGAUGCCGGUUAUAAUCCCACCGAGCUGCGAGGCACGAGAACUGGUGUUUACGUAGGCAUUGGACGCUAUGAAACUUAUGAAGCAUGGGGGAAACUGUACAACAAAAGCAAUGGCUACACUAUGACUGGCGGCAUUGGCUGUAUGUUCCCCAACCGCGUGUCAUAUUCCUUCGACUUGAAAGGCCCGUCGCUCUCUAUAGAUGUCGCCUGUUCAAGCUCUACUUAUGCAUUGGCACAGGCCUUGAAUGAUAUUAAAGUUGGCCGUUGUGAUGCUGCUAUUGUCGCUGGUGUGAACAUCUGCCUUGAUCCGGUUACGUCGCAAAACUUCUUAAAUCUGAAUAUGCUGGCGAAAGACGGUCGUUGUGCGUCUUUUGAUGAAAGCGGACAAGGUUAUGUACGCUCCGAGGCAGUUGUGGCUGUGUUACUUCAACGCAGAAAUGUCGCGAGGCGUGUGUACUGUACAGUGCAUGCAGCGAGAGUUAACAAUGACGGACACAAGCCGCAAGGCAUUACUUAUCCGUCUGGUGAGAUGCAGGGCCGUAUAACGCAAGAAACCUACGACGAAACAGGCUUCAGGCCGCAAGAUCUUGCUUAUUUUGAAGCACACGGGACCGGCACUAAAGCAGGUGACCCACAAGAGGUAAAUGAAAUAGUGGAGCGAUUCUGCAAGGGCCGAGAAGCCCCGCUACUAAUGGGUUCAGUGAAAUCCAACAUGGGACACGCGGAAUCGACCUCCGGUCUCUGUUCCAUCGCUAAAGUGGUGUUGGCCAUGGAGCGAGGAGUGAUCCCUGGGAACCUGCAUUUUGAGAACCCUAAUACUGAUAUCCCGGCACUCAGCGAUGGCCGGAUACAGGUGGUUGACAAGAACACACCAUGGCAGGGUGGAUUGGUAUCAAUGAAUUCCGUCGGCUUCGGCGGCGCCAACGCCCACGUGAUCCUGGAAGGGGGGCGCGGGGGGGAGCGGCCCCCACCCAUCCAGUACGCUGCCCCUCGCCUUAUCCUCGCUUCAGGCCGUACAGACGAAGCUGUUGAGAAACUCCUCAAACUCGCAGCUGAGAACCCUCGGGAUGGGGAGUUACAUGCUUUGAUAGACGCAGUCCACGCUCAUCCGAUCCAUAACCACCCGCGGCGUGGUUACGCCAUCCUGAGGCCGAAUGCGAAUGCGCCUAUAAUAGAGGUGAUGGAUAGUGAGAGCGAGCGUCGCCCAAUUUGGUUCGCGUUUAGUGGAAUGGGCUCGCAAUGGGCGGGAAUGGCGCGCGAGCUUCUCCGUUUACCAAUAUUCGUUUCAAGCAUUGAGCGUUCAGCGGCAGCUCUCAAACCAUACAUGGAUCUUAAGCAUAUCAUAUCGGAGGCGUCGCCUGAAGAGCUUGGGAAUUUGAUAAACUGUGUAGUGUCUAUCGUAGCCGUGCAGGUGGCGCUGGUAGAUGUGCUGAAGGAGCUCGGAGUGCACCCGGAUGGCAUCAUUGGACAUUCUCUUGGAGAAACCGUGUGCGGCUACGCCGACGGGACUUUAACGGCGGAGCAAUCAGUACUGUCUGCCUACUGGCGCGCGCGCUGUGCGUUAGAAGCAAAGCUACCGAGUGGUGCGAUGGCUGCCGUCGGUCUGUCUUGGGAAGAGACCGCGAAGCGAUGCCCUGAGGACAUUGACCUUGCGUGUCACAACGGCCCUGAAAGCGUUACGAUCUCGGGACCAAAAGCGGCCGUGGAGAAAUUCGUAAAGCAGCUCGCAGCAGACGGCGUAUUCGUACGAAUGGUAGACUCUUCCGGCAUGGCCUUCCACAGCAGAAGCAUCGCCAGUGUCACUCCGCUGCUAAGGAAACAUUUGCAGGAGAUCAUACCUCACCCCAAGCCAAGGAGCCCACGUUGGCUGUCUUCGUCGGUACCGCAGGACAAGUGGGACUCUGACUUGGCUCGCUUCAGUGGCGCAGAGUAUUACUUGAACAACCAGGUCGCCCCCGUCCGCUUCGCCAGCGUCCUGGCGCUGCUCCCUCCCCGCGCAAUACUGGUCGAGGUUGCGCCGCACGCGUUGCUGCAAGCUGUUCUAAAGCGCGCGAUGCCUGAAGCGGUACAUGUCCCGCUUGUGAGGAAGGACGCCCCUGAUGCGCUGGUGCACCUGCUGGCUGCUGUGGGGAAGAUAUACGCCGCGGGCGCGCAACCUCAGGUAUCCCGUCUAUACCCUCCUGUAUCCUGGCCCGUAUCUCGCGGCACACCCGGACUGGCUUCCCACAUCAGUUGGGACCACUCCAUCGAAUGGAGCGUCGUCGAUCCCACCACUGCCGCCCGUACUGGCGAGAACAUCAUCGAAUAUGACCUGACGAAGCCUAAGGACGAGUUCAUCGCUGGACACAAUAUUGAAGGCAGAGUGUUGUUCCCUGCUACUGGAUAUCUCACGCUGGUAUGGCGCACAGUGGCAAAAAUGAAAAAUCAAGACAUCGAGCAGUCAGCAGUUGUUCUUGAGAACGUAAACAUCCGCCGCGCGACCAUCAUGUCACGCGAAGCACCUGUGCGUUUCCUCGUUUCACUCCUAGAUGGAACUGGAGAGUUCCAAAUCAGCGAAGGCGGUGAAGUGGUAGUCACUGGAACAGCCCGACUCACCGCUAACGCGUCCGCUGAGCGCCUAUCCGCUACGGCGUUAGUUGAGGCCGAACAACGGCCAGACCAAAAUUCUCUCGACUCUGAGGACAUUUAUAAAGAGUUACGCCUCCGUGGUUACACGUAUCAAGGAAUAUUCCGUGGAAUUAAGAGCUCUGAUGCUCGCGGGCUUAAAGGUUUGCUCAAUUGGGAAGGCAAUUGGAUAUCAUUUAUGGAUACAGCGUUACAGUUUGGCCUCAUCGGAACGGAUACCCGUGAUUUAUAUUUGCCAGCUCGUAUAGAGAGAGUAGUUAUUGACCCAACAGCGCAGCGUAAAGAAGCAGCUUUGGCCACAAACGGAGCAUUACCUGUAAAACGCUAUCCUAGCUUUGGAGUGAUAGUUGCUGGUGGAAUAGAAUUCAAAGGUUUGAUAACUACGCUGGCACCGCGUCGUAUUAACAUACAAGCACCGCCUAAGCUUGAGAAAUACGUAUUUUUACCUUUCCAUGGUGUGUUUGAAGACAAAAGGCAUGCGCUCACUGCCGCAAUACAGUUGGUGAUUGAGAACAUUGGGGUGCAGCAGUUCAACAUUGCGGAAGCAGCAUUGAAGCGGCCGGUGGAGGAACUACUAUUGCUUCAUGCCGUACAAGAUUUUGAAGGAGAGCCAGCGGUCCGAGUGAGCGCCACUUUAGCGGCCGGCGCGGACGCAUCACGCUACAGUGCUGCUAUGGAUCCACUCGGAGUGAGGGUAUCCGACAGGGAAGUGUCUGGCGGUGGUCUGGAGAAGGAAUGCCACCUCGUGAUGGGUGCCGACGUGUUGUCACAACCAGAGGUGUUGAGCGCGUUGGCCGCGGCAAGCGUUGCAUUCUUACUGCUCGAGGAACAAGUGGAAUUGAUUAACAACUGUGACAGUUCGUUGGCGGACAAUGGUUUGUCGCUGGUAUCACGUGCCCGCGCCGGUUCACGCGAGUACGUCCUCCUCCGGCGCACCUCGCCUGUACCCUCCACGAGAAUCAUACUCGAAGCACGAGACGACCACUUCCAAUGGGUGGACCAACUAAAGGACGCCAUGAAGCGCAUCCAAACCGAACACCUACGUGUGUAUGUGUGGUCUCGAGAACACGGCUCCGGAGUACUUGGCUUGGGGACAUGCUUGAGACGUGAGCCUGGAGGGGACAGGAUACGCUUCUACUACAUACCUGGAGCGCAGCAUGUGUUCAACCCUGACGCGCAAGCGUAUAAGGCGCAGGUGGAGAAGGAUUUGACCUUCAACGUGCUGAAGGACGGCGUUUGGGGAACAUUCCGCCAUCUGCCGCUGGAUGAUGUUGCUGGCGCUCGCAAGCAGGUGGAGCAUGCAUACGUAGACGCGAUAACCCGAGGCGAUCUCUCCUCGCUCCGCUGGAUUGAAAGCGACCUGCGGCACGCAGCGUAUACGCCGCGGGGUCCGCACACAGACUUGUGCACUGUUUACUACGCGUCACUCAACUUCAGAGAUGUUAUGAACGCUACUGGCAAGCUGUCGGCCAUGGCGACCAUCGGGACGGUGGCUAAAAUGGAAAGCUCUGUCCUUGGUUUGGAGUUCAGUGGCCUCUCUUCCACUGGCAAGCGCGUGACGGGCAUAGUUACUCGCGGUCUGGCGACGUCAGUAAUGGCCGACACAAGCUUCAUGUGGGAAGUGCCGAAACACUGGUCCUUGGAAGAAGCGGCGACCGUGCCUAUAGCUUACGCGACGGCGUAUUAUGCGCUGGUCGUGCGUGGAUACAUGCGAAGGGGUGAAGCAGUGUUAAUACACGCCGGUGCAGGCGGUGUAGGGCAAGCGGCUAUCACUGUAGCACUUAACGCUGGAUGCACUGUCUUUACAACCGUGGGCUCUCCAGCAAAGCGCGUCUUUCUACGUGAACGCUUUCCGCAACUCCUAAACGGUAAUAUCGGUAACUCACGUGACUGCUCUUUUGAACAACUAGUGAUGCGCCAAACGCACGGCCGCGGUGUUGAUCUUGUACUCAACUCGCUGGCUGGCGACCAGCUUCAAGCCUCUCUCCGCUGUCUUGGAGAGCGAGGACGCUUCCUUGAAAUUGGAAAAGUCGAUCUGAUCGCCAACUCACCCCUUGGCCUAAGCUUACUGCUUAAAAACACUUCGGUACAAGGCAUCUUGCUAGAUGCGUUGUUCACUAUGCCAGCUGAUGACCCUGAGAAAGCGGAAGUGGUGCGAUGCGUGGCCGAGGGAAUCGCAGCUGGCGUUGUGCGUCCGCUUCCCGUCACUGUUUAUGGAGAAAACCAAAUCGAGCAGGCUUUCCGGUACAUGGCUACAGGCAAGCACAUCGGUAAAGUGCUGAUUCGCGUGCGUGAUGAAGAAGCGAAUAUUGGACAGCCGGUGCGCCUGAUGAUGCCCGCCUUGCCGCGGACCUACAUGCAUCCUGGAAAGAGCUACGUUCUCGUCGGUGGUCUCGGCGGCUUCGGUUUGGAGCUGGGCGAGUGGCUGGUCCGCCGUGGUGCACGCACACUGGUUUUCAAUUCGCGCAGCGGCGUACGCACCGGUUAUCAGGCUUUAAGUAUCCGCAGAUGGUCUUCUUCGGGUGUCCGCAUAUUAGUCUCAUCAAAGGACGCCACGACGGCGGUGGGGGCGCGCGCGCUGCUGGAGGAGGCGGCGGCGCUGGCGCCUGUUGGUGGCAUUUUCAACCUUGCUGCUGUGUUGAGAGAUGCGUUUUUCGAGAAUCAGACCCCGGAAGCCUUCCAAGCUGUCGCUAAACCAAAGAUUGACGGGACACGCGCAUUGGACAUCGCGUCGCGCGAGUUAGCACCAGAACUGGAGCAUUUCGUAGUUUUCUCCUCCGUAUCAUGCGGUCGAGGCAACGUGGGCCAAACCAACUACGGUCUCGCAAACAGCGCCAUGGAGCGUACAUGUGAACAGCGAAGAGCCGACAAAUUGCCUGGAUUAGCAGUUCAAUGGGGCGCUGUAGGAGAUGUAGGGCUAGUAGCAGCGAUGGCUGAAGAUGCUGUUGUUGGCGGUACCUCGCCGCAGCGUGUCGCGUCGUGUCUGCAGACGCUGGAUGCGCUGCUGGGGCAGCCGCACGCGGUGGUGGCGUCGAUGGUGCUGGCAGAGGAACAGAGGUCGCAGGAGAAACCGGCGCUGGAUCUUGCGCAGGCUGUUGCGAACGUUUUAGGUAUCAGAGACGUUAAAAAGGUAUCAGAAACGGCGACACUGGUCGAGCUAGGAAUCGACUCUCUCAUGGGUGCUGAAAUAAAGCAGACAUUGGAACGGAGCUACGAUGUCGUGCUGAGUGUACAAGAAGUGCGGGAUCUUACGUUUAGCAAACUGCGAAGCAUGGCGGGUGGCGCGGCAACGCGUUGAAGAUAGGUUAGGUUAGAUUAGAUGACAAUUUAGAGAAAUUAGGUUUUGCCAAACUUUGAAGUA